GCAUGAUUUGAUGCUCCACGCCAUCAAUUAUCCACAAAUCUGCCCGUUCAAGUGCGCCAGCAGCUGUCAACGGCCAUGGCAGCGGCAAUGAAUCGAAUGGGCUUGGCAGCCCUGCGCUGCCCGUCGAGAAUAUCAUCGACGUCUCGAUCAAUGGCGCCAAUUGCGUCUUCCGUUUCAGUUUCUUCGAGAUCCACAUCCGCUCGAUCUUUUACCAGCACAUCCCUUAAACAGGACGACAGCUCCUCUGCCACAUCGACUUCGACCGUUUUCCGUGACUCACUUGAUCCUACCAUCCGCAAUGUCUAUGAUUCGCUGUCGCCACAAGAGCAGAAAGAGUUUGAGGCUUCAUCCAGUGGUCUGAAGCAACACAUGCGAAAGCCUGCCGUUCGUGACCGAUUGGAACGUGCGGUUGGUGAAGCCUCACACUACGUCGACGUGAAUGAGCCUAGAGAAUAUAUAGUGUUCGCCAGAGAGCAACAAGGUCUGUUGGCAAUGGGAGAGCCGGAGCCUGAGGAUUUCGGAGCCGACGACGAAUUUGCCCACGAUGACAUUUCCUCGCAUGCGCAUGGUGACCUCGAGCAGCACCGUGAGAUGAGAGAAUAUGCGCGAAUUGCGGCGUGGGAGAUGCCUCUGUUGUCAAAACUCGCCAAGCCUUUCGUCCCGCCGGCCAAGGACGAGCCUCUCCGUUUCCGCUACACCACUUACAUGGGCGAAUCGCACCCCGCUGAGAAUAAGGUUGUGGUGGAAUUUUGCACAAAGGAUUUGCCCAACCUGAGCGAGACCCAGCGUAGCAAGCUCAUUAAGAUUGUUGGCGUACGAUACAAUCCUGACACGGAUAUCGUCAAGAUCAGCUGCGAGAUGUUUGAGUCGCAAGCCCAGAACAAGCGCUACCUGCUCGACGUUGUCGAUGAUAUCAUCAAGGAAGCCAAGGACCCCAAAGACACCUUUGCAGAUAUCCCCUUUGACUUCCGCCACCACAAGCCGAAGCGGCAAUUCCGCUUCCCCAAGGAAUGGCUGAUGACACCGGAGCGUCAGCAGCAGCUUCUCGCGAAGCGCCAGCAAGCCUUAUUAGCUGAGACGCAGCGCGAGAAAGAAGGCACUCUACUUGAUGGCGUCAAGGUCAUUGACCGCGCCCUCGCUCGUGCGGCCUUCUCGCAACCCCAACAGACGCCGCAGCUCCAAACUGUCGCGGUUCCCGCUGGCAAGAAAGCAGCCAAGGGUGGCCGUAGAAGAUGAGAGAAUGGUGGCUCUUGGAAAGUCCUAGAUGGACUUGCCGAAUAGUCCUUCUCAAUCGUCACCGACCGUUUAUAUUUAUCCUCAUACCAUCAUCUUCUUCGAGCGGUGUUCUAUUGGCUGCUUUUCUCCUCCUUGUACCUCUGUACUCCUCCCUGUACCAUAUAUUUUAUGUCGGUAUCACUAGAUUUUACAUAUGUCCAUUUUUCUUUUUAGAUUACCUCUGGCGCGGAGCA